UCCAGAUUGUGACAGGAAACAUCCGGGGUGCUGGGACCAACUCCAAAGUCCACAUUGUGAUGCACGGCACGAAAGGCUUGAAGAACAGUGGGAAGGUCUUUUUGGAAGGAGGAAAGUUUGAACGGGACUUAACAGACAUCUUUAAUGUCGAGCUUGCUGCACUCCUCAGUCCCCUGAGCAGAGUCACCAUUGGACACGACAACAGAGGGCUUAGUACUGGAUGGUACUGCGAGAAGGUCGUGGUUUACUGCCCAUUCACUGGAAUAGAGCAGACUUUCCCAUGCAGUAAAUGGCUGGAUGAAAAGGAGGGAGAUGGGCUGAUAGAGAGAGAGCUCUACGAGAUGGUCUCACUCAGGCAGAAGAGACAGAAAAAGCAUCCGUGGUCGCUGUGGAUCUGGACGUCGGACCUGCCCAGCGCAGGAACCGAUGCUGAUAUCUCGUUCCAGGUGUACGGAGAAAAGGGCAAGUCAGACGAGAUCAGGCUGGACAACAAAACAGACAAUUUUGAACAAGGACAAGUUGACAGAUUUAUGGUUGAACUUGCUGAUUUGGGAAAACUGACCAAACUCCGUAUCUGGCAUGAAAAGAGGAAUCCUUUUGGAGGAUGGCAUCUAAGCAAGGCAACAUUAAUGAAAACAUUAACAAAGGAGAAGUAUACAUUUCCUUGUGAGCGGUGGCUGGACACUAAUGAAGAUGAUAACGAGGUUGUGAGAGAGCUUCCCGCCACCGGAGAGCUUAUUGCUGAGCCUCUGCCCUUGAUUAAAUACAGAGUGACUGUCUGCACGGGGACGGUCGGUGGUAGCGGCACAGAUGCUUCUGUUUUUCUAAAUCUAAUUGGAGACCAAGGGGACACCGGAGAUAGGGAGCUGAUCAACUGCAAAAACAACGUCAACAAGUUUGAGAAAGGAAGUUUGGAUGAGUUUCUAAUUGAGGCGGUGGCCAUUGGGCAGAUCCGCAGGGUGAGAAUUGGACAUGAUGGCAAAGGUGGAGGCUCUGCCUGGUUUCUUGACAAAGUGAUUGUAAGAGAGGAAGGACAAGCUGAGGCAAAUGCCGUGGAGUUCCCCUGCAACAGAUGGCUGGCCCGCAACGAGGAUGAUGGACAGAUUGUCAGAGAAUUAGUUCCGUUUGCAGAAGGACAACGUCUUUACAAUACCAACUAUCACAUCGCUGUGAAGACAGGUGACAUCCCCGGAGGGAGCUCUGACUCUGAUGUGUUUGUGAAGCUCUAUGGAGAGAAAGGUGACACCAGUAAGAUGAUGCUGGUGGUCUCUGCCAACGACCUGGGGAACUACUUUGAAACAGGCCGCGUUGACAUCUUCACAGUGGAAACCUUUGACAUUGGACAGAUCAACCGUCUGUUGAUUGGCCACACUAACAAAGGCAUGCGUGCGGGCUGGUUCUUGGACAGUGUUCAAAUUUUGGUUCCACUUCAUGGAAAGAAUUACAUGUUCCCCAGCCACCGCUGGCUGGACGAAGAUGAGGCUGAUGGCAAAACAACGGUGGAGCUCUACCCGAGCGAGAUCCUGGAUGUAGAACAAUUAAUAAACUAUGAGAUAACAGUCGUGACCGGAGAUGUGGUGUUUGCUGGCACAAAUGCUGUAGUCUUCAUCCAAAUCUACGGAGACAAGGGGAAAACGGAGGUUAUCACACUCGGAAGCAGAUCCAACAACUUUGAACGGAAUACCACAGAAAUAUUUAAGAUAGAGGCCAAAGAUGUCGGAAAGAUCUUUAAGAUACGCAUCGGUCACAAUGGCGCCGGCAUUGGAUCUGGCUGGUUCCUGGAGACAGUGGAUGUGAAACAUCUCAUCAUGGCCUUGGUGCCCAAGGAGAAGAAAAAGGAGGACAAGAAAAAGAAGAAGAAAAAGAAGAAAGAGGAAGAUGAGGAUGAGGAGGGUGGCGAGGAGAUGCAAGAAGUGGUGCUGACAUAUCAUUUUCCCUGUUCACGCUGGUUGGCUGGGGGAGAGGAGGACGGCGAGCUGGUGGUGGAGCUGCUGCCUGAAGAUGCAGAAGAGAUGGAAGUCAACACCUAUGAAGUGUGUGUCUUCACUGGUGACAUGAUGGGAGCCGGGUCCGACGCCAAUGUCUACAUUAAUAUUUAUGGAGAGAACGGAGACACGGGAGAGCGCUGCCUGAAGAAUUCUGACAACAUCAAUAAAUUUGAGAGAGGGCAGGAGGAUGUUUUCAUCGUGACAGCCGUUGAUUUGGGCCCUUUGAAGAAGCUACGAAUCCGUCAUGACAACUCUGAGUCUUACUCCUCUUGGUACCUGGAUCGUGUUGAAAUUGUGGACACAAAAGAGGAUACAACAUACUACUUCCCUUGUAACCGCUGGCUUGCAGUUGAUGAAGACGACGGGCAGAUAGCGAGAGAGCUGGUUCCCGUGGAUGAGGCCUUCAUGAGGAAGGAUGAUGAUGAGGGCACGAGUGGCACUCUGGGCCUCGAGCAGAAAUCUAUGUCUACUACAUAUACUCUUAAGAUAAAAACUGGAGAAAAGAAGUAUGCUGGAACUGAUGCCAACGUCUUCGCUAUCCUCUUUGGUGAAAAUGAUGACACAGGGAUCAUCAAUCUAAAGGCUUGUAAAAACUACAAGAAUAAGUUUGAACAGGGGAUGAUCAAUGAGUUCACUGUGGAGGCCGUGGAUCUGGGCGACCUGGUAAAAGUUCGAAUUGGGCACGACAACUCAGGGGGUUCACCUGGUUGGUUCUUGGACUGGAUCGACAUUGAAGCCCCUUCACAGGGUCAGAGGAUGCGCUUCCCAUGUGGCCGUUGGCUGGAUAAAGGGGAGGAUGAUGGUGCAACUGUGAGGGACCUUUAUCCUGCUGACUUACAGACUGAAUUCUACACACCAUUUGUGCCUUAUGAGAUAAAGAUAUACACCACCGAUGUAUUUGGAGCGGGAACAGAUGCUGACGUGUUUAUAGUCUUGUAUGGCCGUAAGGGGCUGUGCACUCAGCAGAAGCACCUGUGUGUCAACAAGAGAGAGCGACGCUUGUGCUUUGAGAGGGGAGCUGAGGACAUGUUUAUUGUGGAGCUGGAGGACAUUGGUGAUGUUAUAGAGAAAAUCAGGAUAGGGCAUGACAACAGCGGCACCAAUCCUGGAUGGCAUCUUGACAGAGUGGAGAUCAGGCGACAGCUCAGGAAAGGAAAGGGUUCGGAGACGACUAUAUUCCCUUGCGAGCGCUGGCUAGCCAAGUCUGAAGAUGAUGCUCACACAUACACGGUGUCUGUGCGGACAGGCGAUAUGUACGGAGCAGGGACCGAUGCCAACGUUUUCCUCACCAUUUAUGGAGAUUUGGGAGACACAGGAGAGCGGAAACUCGCCAAAUCUGAGAAUAACAAGAACAAGUUUGAGAGAGGAGAGGUGGAUAAGUUCAAUAUUGAGGCCGUGGAUUUGGGCCAGGUGUUUAAGAUUCGUCUUCGUCACGACAACUCUAUGAUUGGGGCUGAUUGGUACCUGGACCAGGUGGAGGUGCUGGAUGUGGAAACAGAAGAGGUAUACAUGUUCCUGUGUGAGCGCUGGCUAUCAACGAAGAAAGAGGACAAACGAAUAGACAGGACCUUCUACGUCAAGGGGUAUGAGGGUGAAAGAAGCUCCGAUCCAUAUUCCAAGAUGAUUGCUCAGGCCAAACUGGGAGUGGACAAGAAUGCCAACAAGAAGAAAAAGAAGAAAAAGGCAGCAGUGGUCGAAGAGGGUCCAAUCAUCCCUUAUCACUUCACCCUGUCCACGGGGAUCGAACGUGAUGCCAGCACCACAGCGAGGGUUUAUGUCAUCAUCAUUGGCCCCAAUGACGUCGAGACAGACCGGCUGUGGCUGGACCUGCCAGAGGGAAAGAAAUCCUUCACAGCUGGCUCCAUGGAGCACUUUGUGUGCUAUGGAACUGACGUAGGAGAGAUCAAGAGGGUGGAACUUGGCCAUAACGGUGUCACACCAGAGAGCUGCUGGUUGGUGGAUGAGCUGUCGGUUGCCGUGCCAACCAAAGGUAUCAAGUACAUCUUUCCAUGUAAGUGCUGGCUGGCUAAAGACAGGGGAGAUGGUCUGACUGCCAGACUGUUCAAUGUGCUGGACUCCAGCACGAUCAACAUUAUCCGCAAAGUUGUUUAUUCAGUCACGGUUGCCACAGGUGACAUUCAGUAUGCAGGAACUGAUACCAACAUUUUCCUGACUGUGUUCGGAGCCAAUGGGAGCACAGAGGAAAUGCUUCUGCCCAAAAAUGAGGAUAGGUUUGAAAGAGGGCAAGAAGACACAUUUACCCUGGAGAUAGAUGACAUCGCUCCUCUGAAGAAGAUCAGAGUUCGAAUAGAUGGCACCGGAAGCCGCCCAGACUGGUUUCUUGACAGGAUCCUGAUGAGAAACCUGACCACAGAGGAAGAGUACCUGUUCACCUACGAGAACUGGCUGUCCAAGACCAAAGGGCCCAAGAGGACAAAGGUGUGUGAGCUGGCGGCUGUGGUGGAUGACGAGGAGAUGGUAGAAAAAACAACUUACAUCAUCCAAGUCCAGACCAGUGAUGUUGCAGGUGCUGGCACUGAUGCCAACGUGUUUCUGAUUGUGUUUGGGGAGUAUGGAGACACAGGGACGCUGCCUCUGAAAGAGAGCACCAACAGAAACAAGUUUGAGCGAAAAAUGAAGGACGUGUUCAGAUUUCCUGACAUGCUCAGUCUGGGCGAACUGUCAAAAGUCAGAGUGUGGCAUGACAACAAAGGCCCUGCUCCUGGAUGGCACCUGGAGUACAUUGAUGUGAAAGAUGAGGCACUGGACAACACCUUCAGGUUCCCCUGUGACCGCUGGUUGGCAAAAAACGAAGAUGAUGGGCAGAUUAUGAGGGAACUGGCUUGUGCCAACAAUGAUUUUGUAGACCUCAGUGACAAAACAAAAUAUGAAAUUGCCACAACAACUGCUAACACAGAUGACGCCUCCACAACGGAAAACGUCUGGAUCCUGUUGGAAGGAAGGAAAGCCCGUUCCAAGGAGUUUGUUCUGGAGAAUAAGAAAAAGAAGUUCUUAAGCGGUGCCACUGACACGUUUGAGUUCUCGUCCAAGCACGUGGGGGAAAUCGCUAGCAUCUGCGUUGGCCACAUCACAAAAGACGGCAAGAAGGUGAAGAAUGAGGCUUUCUGGCAUGUUAUGGAGGUGGUGGUGACAGAAAAGGAGCUGGGAAACAAGUAUUUCUUCCACUGUGAUGCACAAAUCCCCCUGGCAGCCAAAAAAGACCAGUUCCAGACAUUCGAGUGCUAUAAAUCCAUCGAGAGCUUUGCGAGCAAAGUCCGCAACCUGGUCCCUGUCAAGUAUGAAAUCAUCGUCAUCACCGGGGACGUCAAAGCGGCCGGCACAGACGCAAAUGUUUUUAUCACCAUGUAUGGCGUCAAUGGUGACUCAGGCAAGCGUCACCUACGGCAGAAGUUUCGCAACCUUUUCGAGCGAGGGCGGACAGACCGCUUCGUUCUGGAGAUGCUGGACCUCGGGGAAUUGCUGAGGGUCAAAGUGGAGCACGACGGCACCAGCCCCAACAGUGGGUGGUAUUUAGAGUGUAUUGAGGUGACCAACACAGCCAAUUCAGUCACAACAAUCUUCCACUGUGGAAAGUGGUUGCACACUGCUAAAGCUGAUGGACAAAUUCAGCGAGUGCUCUAUCCCAGAUAUUAGAAGAAUGCUAGAAAGAAAGAGUGGGUGAGCAUUUGCUUCUUUCUGUUUGACUCAUUUGUUUUGUUGGGGUUUUUUUACCAAUUGUAAGAGAAACAUUGCACGGAAAAGUUAGAGUUAAUCCAUCUGAAUAUAAAUGUAUUUCAACUUUUUCAGGAUAAAGCCAGUUUUUUGUUUUUGUUUGUUUGUUUGUUUUUGUAAGUUUGUGCCAACUGUUUAGGCUGUCACUCUUCCGAAAAAGCCAUUUGCUUCCAUCUCGCACAAAUAAACAGAACUGAAUAUUACCCAGCU